GCACACUCGCGUCGCGGCUGUACCUGGGUCUCCUUUCCUCGUCCCAUCCCCUCCCCACUUGGGGACACAGGGGUGAGCGCAGAGGCCGGAGGGAGAUCGACUAGAGCACCGCCCCCCACCCUCACUUACCCAGGCCACCUCUUUCCCCCCGCUGGGCCCAGGGCCAGGCACCGAGGCCGCCCAUCCCCGCGGCUUCCUACAAGUGUCCAAAGAAACUCAACCAUUGAAAGGAAAACAAGAAAGCCCCGAGGGAGAGUUCUCCGCAGGGCAGCCAGAGGGAAGCGGGAGGGAGGGUACGGACGGCAGCCGUCACCCCUCGCCCUCUCCUCUGGCAGUCACAGCGCCUCGAGUGGUGGCAGCGCCUGUUGAAGCCGUUGGGUCCGUUAGUCUGGACGCACGCGCGCGAAACAGCGUGCGCGCGCCCGGAGGUGUGCGCGUGCGCCCCAGCCUCCGCCCUUUUCGACUGCCUCCGAGAGAGCCGUGCCCGCGCGCGUGCGUCCAAGCCCGCUUCCUCUCCCGUGCAGGCGUACGAACGGGCGUGCGUGCGUGCGUACGUACGCUUCGCCUCCAGGCUCCGCCCCCUCCCGCCUUGCGUCACAGACGCGUCCCGCCUGCCAGUCAGUCAGGGAAGCAGGCAGACGGAAUCCGGGGGUCUGUGAAUCGCUGCGCUCUCCGCACUCCGAGGCCUCGCCGAACCCGCCGAAGACAUUUCUCUCCAGACGCGGGGGCCAGCCGCCGACAUGUCAACAAGUGGGCCUUCUGCUUCUGCUGCUGCCUCUGGCAGUAAUCGCCGUCUUCAGCAGGCACAAAAUCAAGUAGAUGAGGUAGUGGACAUUAUGCGAGUCAAUGUGGACAAAGUUCUAGAGCGAGAUCAGAAACUUUCUGAGCUGGAUGAUCGCGCUGAUGCCCUGCAAGCAGGGGCUUCCCAGUUUGAGACAAGUGCGGCGAAAUUAAAGAGGAAGUACUGGUGGAAGAAUUGCAAGAUGUGGGCGAUACUAAUUACCGUUGUGAUUGUGAUCAUCAUCAUCAUCAUUGUGUGGAGUGUUUCUUCAUGAACAGCCAGUGAAGCUCAGGCCUGCGGUUUGAGAAACGUCGUCAAGUCUUUUGACUUAAGCCUGCUGUAUUAUCAAAUUUACGUACUGUUAUGUAUAAAACAAAAUUAUUUUUGUUGGUUAAUGUAAAGUUCGAUUUAUAGGAAAUUGCUUUUUUAAUAUAUAUAAUGCAUAUAUAUAUAUAUAUACACACACACACAUCUAUACAUAUUAUACUCCUAAUUAGAAAUGUCAGUAGCCCAGCUCACAUUCUGUACAGUGCCUUGAUAAACUUCCAUGUGAGCCGAUGAAGAAGACUUCUUAAGUUCUAGAGUUUCAUGACUUAGAUGGAAUGUUGCCAUUGACUUUCUAGAAACAGGGUUAAAAAAAUACUUGUUCAAGCCUGCUUUCCUCUAAGCGUGAAUUUCAUAUUUUCUAAUCCACAUUUUAAACCAGUGAAUAAUCAGAUGUACAAUAUGUGCCUUCCUGAAAGAAAACUACACUACUGCUUAGCACAAAUCUGCCACGUUGAACAGGCUGUGCCUUAUUUUGAUAUUUUUCUGAUGCCUUAUAAAAUAACCCACUAUCCUUUGUAAACACUACUGAGUGUUUUUCAUUGUAUUUCACGUCAGACAGUGAUAAAAUGUGAUGGUGUGAUUCACCUUUAAAACAUUGACAAGAGGACCUCUGGGUCAUUGGUGAUGAUGUGUAAGAUGUACUGUGGAUAGUACCAAAAUUUCUAUUUUUGCCAAAACAUUAAAUGCCGGUAAAUAUUCUCAGCCUGUUCCAGUUAAGGCAUGUUUGCCAUAGCUUAAGAAAGUGCCAAAUGGAAGUCAAAGUUCCAGGAGAAUUAGAAUAUUGACAGUGCUUUUAAACUUUGUAUUGCCUCACAAAACCUUUUCCUUCUUUGAAGUACUUUAGUUACUGUGUUUCUGCUUGUGCUUUUCCCUAAGAAGCCAAAUCAGAAGUGAAGUGGAAGCUCUCCACUCCUCUGUACCUCCACCAUGUACUCCAUCUUCAUUGUUUUAUCUGGUAUGAUAAAUGCAGUAUGAACAACCGCCUUUGACGUUGCUAAGAAUUAUGUGUGAAACAACUUUGUGGCACCACGUGAGACUAUGACUUUGACUGAUCGUUCUUGGCCCCAGUUACAGUUGGUUGUACAUUUUUGUUAUUAUUUGAAGUUCUCCCUCCAUUUCCCAAAUCAGACUUCUAAAUUUUCCUUUCGUGUUACCCUGGCCAGUGGCACUUUUUACAUGGGAGAGAUGCACAGGAAAUUGGAAUUUUUUCGUGUGACCAAUUGUGUGUCCAAAGGGUUACUUUGGAAAUAGCUAGUGUUAUUUAUUUAUUUAUUAGUUAUUUCAGAUUUCACCCAUCUCACAUCCAUCAGUUACUUUUCUAAAAUAUACUAAGUCUCUUUCUGUGUCAGAACACAUGAUCUGAACAGGGAAUUAUAUGGAUAGACAAAAUAGCCACAGGAGAUCUUAGGGCAAAAUUGAGAUCUCGUCAUAAUGUUACUCAUUGGUCUGAAAUUGCGAUUCAGUUUGUUGCAUAUAACAUAACAAAACUUGUGACAUAAAGGGCAAAUGAGAGUUGCGUUGAGUUUUCUUAACUUCUGUUCCUCUGCUAUCUCUGAAAUGUUUUUAUGUAGAAACAGCUUGUGCUUUGUACAGCCCUAGCGGGAAAGCAGCUGCCCAUUUACCAAGUAUCACCAAUACCUUUGCAGACACUGCCCUGUCUGGUUGUAACUCGAACACUUUGGUGCUCCUUAUUUUGCCUUGGCAUCUAACCCCAUUUAACCCACCAGUUACUGCCUUAAACCAAGAAUGCUUUGCUUGUUUCUGACCAUGUGUUUAAACUGGGGCCCUCCCCUAAUGGAAUGUGCUGAAUAAAAUGUUUAUGGAUGUAA